GGAAGCGCAAACUACAAAAGGGAUACCAGGAUGAGCCUGCAGAGCGUAACCAGUGCCAACUCUGUGCCGUUUGCGCAAGAGCCCAAACCGUUUGUAUGAGAGAACUCAAGACUGGCGUAAUGUUUAAUCAGUACAUGCGCAUACGGCUGGCCGAAUGAAGGCGCUGGUUGCUCGGAACUGGGAGUUUAGAUCUCUUCGUCUGAGGACAUGUUACUGGAAGUCAAGUCUGCAUGACAGCGUUACAACGCAGAAUACCAGCCCUCAACACGCAACAAGAAAUACCAGAUUGAAAAUGGACAAAUCACAUCUGGCGGUCUACCACAUUCUAGCACGAGAGCUUCACCGACAAAGAGGUUUGUUGGAUUCCAUGGCGCAUUUUACCACAGCACCAUAGAAAGAAGAAAUAUGCGUCGAGCGAUAGCAAAUGCUUUUGACGGCAAGCGGAGAGAGUGUAAGAAUACAAGGGAACCAAGGGUGCUUACUGUACACUACAUGCAUGCGGGACAUUUGCAUUGGGACCGGCGUUUUUGUUUCUUCCUAUUCGCAUAGGGCGGGAUACCAUAUCACGAUGUACAUGACAAAGCAACAAUACAUACAUACAAACUGUCCCGGCUACUUUUGUCAACUUGUGCCUAUGACGAGUGCGUAGACGG